AGUGGCAGGGUCACUAGCCAAACCGCUCUCUUUCCCAAUGGAUAAAGGUGGUUCCCGCGAGUUCUGCAGCUCCUCCCAGUAUCCUCUCUCCGGGGCCAUGCACCAGUUUAUUUGUGGUUUCUCUUCCUUCUCUCUGCCAGACUCGUUGCGUUUGCUUCUUCUUCCUCUCCCUUCUCAGCGCUCUGCUUUUCCAUUUCUUCCUCCCAACAUCAUUCCUAUACGUAAAUUAUGCUUUCAUUUGCCGUCUAAAUCCAAUGCAAGGCUCGCUGCUUCCCUUCUCCCGUCAAAGAAGCAGUUCUUGGAUCCCGACGAAGAAGAAGAAGAAGAAGAAGAAGACGAAGAAGAAGAAGAAGAAGAAGAAGAAGAUGAUGAUGAUGAUGAUGAAGCUGCAGAAGAAUACGAGGGAUUCACUGACGAUGAAAUCGCUGCCAUGGCAUCCUCCGUGCAAGGGCCCGCAGUGCCUCGGUUUGAGGAGCAUAAAUGGCAGAGAGUAGAGAGGCUUCGAUCGGAAGUCAGAGAGUUUGGGGAUGAAAUCAUUGACAUUGAGGAGCUCGCGUCUAUUUACGACUUCCCAAUAGAUAAUUUUCAGCGCUUGGCUAUCCAAGCACUGUUGAGAGGCUCAUCGGUAGUAGUUUCUGCGCCAACAAGUAGUGGAAAGACAUUGAUAGCAGAAGCUGCAGCAGUGGCCACAAUAGCUAGAGGAAGGCGCCUUUUUUAUACAACUCCGUUGAAGGCUCUGUCCAAUCAAAAGUAUCGAGAUUUCUGUGGGACAUUUGGUGAAAGCAAUGUUGGCCUUCUUACUGGAGAUGCUGCAGUCAACAAAGAUGCUCAAAUAUUAAUCAUGACUACGGAGAUUUUACGUAAUAUGCUAUAUCAGAGUGUUGGCAUGUUUUCUUCUGGGAGUAGCCUCUUCAAUGUUGAUGUGAUUGUUUUAGAUGAAGUACACUAUCUUAGUGACAUAUCUCGGGGUACCGUCUGGGAAGAGAUAGUAAUCUAUUGUCCGAAAGAAGUUCAACUUAUAUGUCUUUCAGCAACGGUUGCAAAUCCUGAUGAGCUAGCAGGUUGGAUUGGGAAGAUACAUGGUACAACAGAGUUGGUAACAUCAACAAAACGGCCAGUUCCACUUACUUGGCACUUUUCUACAAAGAAUUCUUUGUUACCACUCCUUGAUGAGAAAGGAAAGAAAAUGAAUAGGAAACUAUCAAUUAGUUACCUACAACUUUCUGCUUCUGGCGUCAACUCAUACAAGGAGGAUCGAUCAAGAAGAAAAAAUAUUAGAAAAGGUGAAAGUGACUGGAGCUACAACAGGGCUGAUAGUAUGUCUGGACUGGCUGCAUUAUCAAAGAAUGACAUGAACGCAAUUCGCCGCUCACAAGUUCCUCAGGUUAGAGAUACAUUGAGGCACCUUAGGGUGAGGGAUAUGCUGCCAGCUGUUUGGUUUAUUUUUAGCCGGAAAGGAUGUGAUGCUGCUGUUCAGUAUCUUGAAGAUAGCAAGCUUUUAGAUGAGUGUGAGAUAGGUGAAGUUGAAGUGGCUUUGAAGAAGUUCUGUAUUCGGUAUCCUGAUGCUGUUAGAGAGACAGCUGUUAAAGGUCUUUUGCAAGGGGUUGCAGCACAUCAUGCUGGCUGUCUACCGCUAUGGAAGUCAUUUAUCGAAGAGUUAUUUCAACGAGGCCUUGUUAAGGUUGUUUUUGCUACGGAAACACUUGCUGCAGGGAUUAACAUGCCAGCUAGGACUGCUGUUAUUGCAUCUCUUAGUAAAAGGACUGAAUCUGGGCGUGCCCUUUUAAGCCCAAAUGAACUACUACAAAUGGCUGGGCGAGCUGGACGUAGAGGCAUUGAUGAACGGGGUCAUGCAGUCCUUGUUCAGACACCUUAUGAAGGGGCAGAAGAGUGCUGCAAGCUUCUCUUUGCUGGACUUGAACCUCUUGUUUCACAAUUUACUGCUUCAUAUGGAAUGGUGCUGAAUCUCCUUGCGGGUGCAAAAUUAACCUGCAGAACAAAAGAAGCCGAUGAUGUGAAAACUUUUCAAGCUGGACGAACAUUGGAAGAAGCUCGAAAGCUGAUCGAGCAAAGCUUUGGAAACUAUGUUGGAAGCAAUGUCAUGCUCAUUGCAAAAGAAGAGCUUUCUAAGAUAGAACGGGAAAUUGAGUUCCUUACUUCUGAAGCUAGUGAAGAUGCUAUUGACAGGAAGUGCCGGGAGCAGUUGUCUGAGGAGGCAUAUAGGGAGAUUUUUGAUCUGCAGCAAGAAUUACGAGCAGAGAAACGGUUACGGACUGAACUUCGACGGAGGAUGGAAUUGGAGAGAAUGGCUGCAUUGAAAACUCAGUUGAAAGAGUUGGAAAGUGGACUUCUACACUUCAUGUGCUUGAAAUAUAAAGAUAAUGAAGAAGUUUCACACCUCAUCCCUGCUAUUUAUUUGGGGAAUGUGGACUCUUUCUCUGCUUCUAAAGUCAAGAACAUGGUUUAUGUGGACGAUUCCUUUGCACUAAACUUGGAAGCUGAGUCAAGUGAAAUUCUAGAAAUUGAAGGACAGGUUGAUGCCAAACCAUCUUAUCAUGUGGCUCUUGGAUCAGAUAAUUCAUGGUAUCUGUUUACAGAGAAGUGGGUUAAAACAUUAUACAAGCCAGGCUUCCCUAACGUUCCUUUAGCUCAAGGAGAUGCUUUGCCGCAGGAAAUUAUGUUUGCUCUCCUGGAAAAGGAAGACUUUCAGUGGGAGAAACUUGCUGGUUCUGAUUUUGGGGAUCUGUGGUGCAUGGAAGGAUCUCUUGAGACAUGGUCUUGGAGUUUAAAUGUGCCAGUCUUGAGUAGCCUUUCUGAAGAUGAUGAGGUGCUGAACAUGUCAUCUUCAUACCAUGAAGCUGCAGAGUCGUACAAGGAACAAAGACGAAAUGUUUCUCGUCUGAAGAAAAAGAUCAUCAGUACCAAUGGAUUUAAAGAAUUUAAGAAGAUCAUAGAUGUGACUAACUUCACGAAAGAAAAGAUUAAACGCUUGAAGGCAAGAUCAGACCGUUUAAUUAAUCGAAUGGAGCAAAUUGAGCCAUCUGGCUGGAAGGAGUUCAUACAGAUCAGCAAUGUCAUUCAUGAAGCCAGAGCACUGGAUAUCAACACACACGUGAUAUUUCCUCUUGGUGAAACUGCAGCUGCAAUUCGAGGAGAAAAUGAACUUUGGCUUGCAAUGGUUCUUCGGAAUAAAAUUUUACUAGAUCUAAAACCAGCGGAACUUGCUGCUGUUUGUGGAAGUUUAGUUUCUGAAGGAAUUAAAAUUCGUCCUUGGAAAAGCAACAGCUAUAUAUAUGAACCUUCCACUAAAGUAGUCAAUGCCAUAAUGUUGUUGGAUGAGCAGAGAAGCUCACUCUUGCAACUCCAAGAUAAACAUGGGGUAAAUAUACCUUGUGAAUUAGAUAGCCAAUUCUCUGGCAUGGUUGAGGCUUGGGCCUCUGGCUUAACUUGGCGGGAAAUUGUGAUGGAUUGUGCAAUGGAUGAGGGGGAUCUAGCUCGCCUCUUACGGCGUAGUAUUGACUUAUUGGCUCAGGUACCUAAAUUGCCCGAUAUUGAUCCAUUUCUGCAAAAAAAUGCGAAUAUUGCAUCUAAUGUCAUGGACCGUGUGCCUGUAAGUGAGCUUGCUGGAUGAAGCAGCCAAGCGUAUAUGAUGAAGCAGCAAACAUUUGCAUUUGAUCUUACUCAAUGUAUUCUUGUCAUGCUGUAUUGUAUAUCAAAUGUUGUCGUAUCUAGUUCCAAAUGUAGAAAAUCUAAGUGUAAAUAUUUGCAUGUGGCUUUGGAGUCCCUUUAAACCCAAUUUAUUAACAAGGAAAAGCUUCUUCAUGGGCAUAGAAA